AUGUCAGUAUUACCGCCAGAAUUGGAUUUGUGUGAAGAUGCACGAUCCAGGUUUACGCAUACCAAGGCACUAUUCGAACAGUUGGAGCGAGGUGAACAAUCACCUUACUACUUUUCGUCCCGGACAUUUCGGCCACCUCCUCCACCCUUACCACCAAAACCAAACGUGCAAUGUCCAACGUCGCCGUUAUCACAGGUAACGCGUAACUUUUCCGAAUUAGUAUCUGAUUUGGAUCGAUUAUCUUCAACACGUUCUACUCUCGCUACACAAAUUAACGGGGUCGACUCUUUGAGUUCCCCAAUGUCUGCAUUGGAUUCAGUCCCCACCAAAAAGAUUAAUUAUGAACCAUAUUGGCGUGACCCUUCAUUCUAUAAACGACGAUUUGGUGGCUUGGAGAGUUUAUCCAUGAAUGGGGCAUGUGAUAGUGACAUUGAAAAUGCUGAUACAAUUAGUGGAAUAGCGCAAGAUGAAACUGAUAAGGAACCGCCAGUGAAGCACACUACAUAUGCUUUGGUGAAAAGUCGUAAACCGGGGAAUGAUGAUGAUAAUCAGCUGCAAGAAGAUAUCGCUGAAAUCGGGAAUGCAACCAGCUUUAAUGUGCUUUUGGAAGAAUGUUCGUCUGGAGCGAGGAAUGAUUCAAAUGGCGAUUUACCGGACGUUGCGGAGGUGAUACGAGGACUUUCACCUGAAUUCGAUGUUGUAGGACGAAAAGUCUCUUUCAGUACUGCUCCGAUUAAGGUUUUCUCAACUCAUAGUAUCAUGGACUAUGACCGUCGGAACGACGAGAUUGAUCCGGUAGCUUCAUGCGCUGAGUACGAACUCGAACGACGUCUUGAUAAAAUGCAAAUAUUCGAUGUGCAUCUGAAAAAAGGCGCUGAAGGACUAGGAGUGUCUAUUAUCGGCAUGGGAGUGGGUGCUGAUUCUGGUCUCGAAAAAUUGGGAAUAUUCGUAAAGAGUAUAACACCUGGUGGAGCAGUUCAUCGUAAUGGCCAAAUUCGGGUUUGCGAUCAGAUUGUAAGUGUUGACGGAGUCAGUCUGGUAGGUGUAAGCCAGAUCUUCGCUGCCGAAACUCUACGAGCUACCGGAAGUGAGGUAGUUUUUACAAUAGGUCGGGAGGAGAAUUUGGAGGAGAGUGAAGUUGCACAGCUCAUUAGGCAAUCAUUAGAGGCAGAUCGAUUCCGAGAAGCGGAAGAGUUGGAAGAGGAUGAGGCCGAUAGCGAUGACAGCGAGGAACCGACAAUGUUAAAGGAAGAACGAAAAAUUAGGAAACGCAUAGAUGAUCUUGAAGUGGAGCUUAAUGAAUCGCAGAAAAAAGCCGAUCAGAUGAAGGAGAUCCUGGAAAGUUCGAGGGCUCAUUAUGCCAUGCUUGAAAGUAAAUAUGAGCAAGCAAAUCAGCUUUUACGAAGUUACCAGGAAAGAGAAAAAGAACUGUUAGAACGCGAAGAAGCGCACGUGGAUCAGCUGCGCCAGAAGGAUGCCCAUUAUAGUGCCCUAGUAAGCCAGCUGAAGGAACGCAUUGAAGAACUAGAAAGAAGACUGGAUGAGAUGGCACAGAGACGUACAACUGUUAUGGAAAGUGAACUAUCGGAGCUGAAAGAGCAGUUAGCCGCUCGAGAUGUCAGUCCCGCUUUGGCCUAUAAACCUACAUGCCCAAUGGAUCAUGAUUCUACAAAAUCUUCCAAAAUCCUUGCUAUUAAGACGGCCAGUUUGCCGGGUAAGUCAGCAUCAACAUCAGCAUACCGUCGUGUUGCUGGUACAGAGAGUGCCUGUGAAAGUGCUGCUGAUGACGCAUCUGAUGAACAGAAAUCAUCGCUUGACAGCCCAAUACCGCGUAUCUCGGAACCAGCUAGUCCAGCUGUGCUUCACAAAUUCGCUCACCGCAGAAUAUUAUUCCCGUUAAGAAGACGUUAUAUCACAAUUUCAGCAGAGCAUGAAUUCUGGCGCGAUACGUUUCAGUCCAUUCAGGGGCUCCAGGUACUACACUGGACAUGCGAUGAUGUAUGUCAGCUGCUGAUCCAAAUGGGUUUGGACAAGUACAUUCCUGAAUUUACCGUUAAUCAAAUCAAUGGUACCAAGUUUCUAGACUUGAAUGGGAACAAAUUGAAGGCGAUGGGUAUUCAGAAUCAUUCCGAUCGUGCUGUAAUCAAGAAAAAGAUCAAAGCUAUCAAAUCGAAAAUUGAACGUGAGCGGAAGCAGCUAGAGAAGGAAAGUAGGUUAAGGACAGUUGCGCCAGUACAUUGA